AUGAGCCGACCUAAUGGUCCAAUUAAAGCCACCUAUGUAGGCAUAUAUCAGGACUUAUUGGGAUCUGGUAUUCUACCACUCCUCGUCUAUUGGCUACUUUUCAGAAACAAGCUUUCUAUUGAGGGAAGAGUUUUAUAUCGAUGUAGACAUGUUCCCUUUUGUAUCACAAUUGACACGAGAAAAUCAAAACAAACCAAAAUGCUAUCUAGGCUCUUUACCAACAAUACAACAAACUAUAUCCCAACAAUGGCAACGUCAGAGACAACCAACAGCAUCUCCAAAGUGAAAGCUUUAGCAGGACUAGUUAACGCUACAUUGGAAUCUAGAGCAUACAUUGAUACAAAGCUAUUAUUCCCAAGCAUAAAUUGGACUUAUCUUGUAACAGAUCAAAUCGAAGAUAACCCUAGUAUUGCCAAUAAGCAACCUACUGAUACAAUCUGCAAGAAUGAUGAAAAUAUACUCCGUGUGAUUCAAGAACUUAUUCUCAGUAUCGAUAAGAGUCGAAACCGCCAAAAGAAUCUUAAUGACACUUUAACAGCCAAGAAUCGCCAGAUUGAUGAAUUAAAUCAACGACUCGAGGCGCUAGAAAAGAAGUUGGCUAACAAGGAGCACAAGAGUCGAGACUCGCAAAUAGAUCAUACUGCAUUAACAAAACAAAUUCACCACUUGACUAGAGCCAAUAAGUUGCAACUGAAGAAUAUCAAGUCAUUAACAACUUUGAAUAAAGAUUUACAAGCAAAGUAUCGGGUUGACUUGAAGCGAAAGAAUUUAGAAAUUAGUAGCUUGAAAAAUAAAUUGAUUGAAAAGAGGAGUUUAAGCUCAACUAUUGAAUAUGGAAUACCGCUUACUCCUUCACUGCGGCCGUCAACUAUACUUCUUGGUGAAGAUACAAAUGAAGGUACCAUUUCCAACAACAUUCCCAUAAUUGACAAUACUACAAACAUGGGUAUAUCAUUUAAUAAUUCAGAACUUGCUAAUAUUCAAAAACUCGUCAAUGAAAACUCGACAGAAUUUAUAAACUCAUUAACCGUGAUUAUUGAAAGUAUAGCUGGAGAAAAUUACAAACUAACAAAAUUCAUUCAUCAUAUAAAAGACUACCUAGCAAUUAUCAAUUUACAAAUUACAAAUUUCAAAGGAGUCGAAUUAGAUUUAGCAAUCCCUAAUCCUUCUGAUAUGAUUGAUUUAAAACAAAUAAAUGCAAUAGAUGGAGCAAUAAUCCAGAAAUAUUAUAAUGAAAUUGACAAUUCUGAAAUUGUUGAGUUGCCAUUGGUAAAUGAAUUUUAUAAAUUGUACCAUAAUUUGAAACAAAUGUUGGAGUUGGUGGCUGGCGUUGGUAUUGAUCAAGAAGCGCAAAAAGUUAUUGAUAAUCUUCGACAAGAUCUUAAAGUCACCAAGGAAUGUUUACAGGAUUCAUUAGAGAUGAAUGAAAAGUGGAAAAAGAUUGCUAGAAAUAGAGAUGUAUGA